UUUCUUUCCCGAUCUUUAACUCUCGUCUUCAAAGUCUUCAGCCAGUUCAGCAUCCAUGGCGGUCACAUUCUCAAAUCUCCACACCGAGGGUGGUCUUAAAGCCCUCGAAUCCUUCCUCGCUGGAAAAUCCUACAUCUCCGGAGACAAGUUUACCAAGGAUGAUGUGAGGGUUUAUGCUGCUGUUCAUGGUGUUCCCGGCGAUUCCUUCCCCAAUGUCUGCAAGUGGUACAACUCUGUAUCUUCAAAGCUUGCUUCGAGCUUCCCUGGAAAGGCUGCUGGUGUAGGAGUUGGUGGCGCCGCCGCCCCUGCUAAAGAGGCUGCUCCUGCUGCUGCUGGAGAUGAUGAUGACGACUUGGAUCUUUUUGGCGAUGAGACCGAAGAGGACAAGAAGGCAGCGGAGGAGAGAGAGAAGGCCAAGUCUUCUACCAAGAAGAAAGAAAGUGGGAAGUCAUCUGUUCUGUUGGAUGUGAAACCUUGGGAUGAUGAGACAGACAUGAAGAAGUUGGAGGAGGCAGUGAGGAGCAUCGAGAUGCCUGGUCUCUUCUGGGGAGCAUCAAAAUUGGUUGCCGUUGGUUACGGAAUCAAGAAGCUCCAGAUCAUGAUGACCAUUGUGGAUGACGAUGUCUCUGUGGAUACACUUAUUGACGAGUACCUCACAGUUGAGCCCCGCAAUGAAUACAUCCAGAGCUGCGACAUUGUUGCCUUCAACAAAAUCUAAGUCAACUCUUUAUUUUCCUAUACCUCCAUUCUGACUAGUGCUAUCUGUUAUUUUUUUUUUUUUCUGCAUUGUGGCCUUUUCCCCUUUUAGUGAUAUUAGGGAGAAGAAUACGUAGAUGGAAUGGCCGUUGAAUAUGUGCCCUUGUUCGCUUUGUGAAAGGUCAAUGAAAACGUUUAAUCCAAUUUUGGUUGCUUAUGAUGUUGGGACUCUGACAGACGUCGGUACUCUGAUAUCAUGAUUGCAAAACACCAUGAGUGAGGUUUUUGAAUGCACCAGCAUAUGAGCAAUUGCACUGAGAAAAUAACCAGAAGCAAGUGCUGGAUGGUUGUUGCUUGAGCAAGACCUAUACCAGAAUGUAGCGAGAAAUGCUUCUCCAGGAACGACAGGUCAUUAAAUUAUUUACUCUCUUUGCUCUUCCUUUUUGUAAUUUAUUAUUAUCUGAGCCUGAAUUCGUCUACAGACGUCAUUACCGUGCCCAUUGACUAGAAUGAAUGAUAUAUUAUUAU